UGAGGUGGAGCUCAGGCCCGGCUCAGUGAGUUGUUAGCCAAAGAACCUGACGGUUGACUGACUGCGGAGUGUCUGUGGAGUGAACUCCAAACAGAUGACAUGAUGCAUGCUCGAUGGCUCCUCGUGGCUCUGGUGCUGCUGCUGAUCAGGCCACUGCCAGAGAUAGAUGCAGCCUCCAAGCGAGUGAAAUUGUGCCUGCAGCCAACGGUCAGUGGCCGAUGCUUUGGCUAUGUGGAGAGCUUUGCCUACAAUCCCCUGAAGCGGCACUGCGAGCCCUUCAUCUACGGCGGAUGUGGCGGCAAUGACAAUCGCUUCACCAGCAAGGCCGAGUGCGAAUUUAGCUGCCGUGAUGUGUAAAUGAAACAA